AGGGCGGAAUUAACGCAUCGCCGCUAACGCCGCUCACGCCGCGUUGGGCUCCGCGCGGUGUGAUGAUGUCGCUGGACUGCUGAAGCUGUGGCUGGAGAGCUGAAGCCAAGCAGCUGUCUGGUCUCUGUAUCUCUGUAUUCAUGGACACACUCGGGCUGCUCAUCACCCACGUUAGCCCGGGUUGGAGCACGACGCGCGGCAGCAGUUGAUGCUAAAGCGUGACGAGCUGUGGGCAGCGCGGAGAGAGACGCGAGCUAGCAGCGGUUAGCUCCUUACCGCCUGAGCGUUUUCUACUGCUAACCUUCCCCUGACGUCAUGUUUGGACUUAUAGAUGAUUUAGUUUAAUGAGGGUUUACAUGAAGCAUCGAGGCUGAGCUAACAGGCAGCUUCAGCCUCACACACAGGUAGCUGCUUGAGUUAGCUAACAUAGCAGCUAGCUGCGGACCUAACGCGUCAGUUCGCCUGGCUCAGCUGUGACGUUAUAACGGAUGUUUUCCACCCCAGCAGCUUCCCAUAAGGUUGGUUCAUUUUAAAGGAUGUUAAUGGGUCCAUGAGACCCCAGACUGGGACUCAGUGAAGGGGAUAAGUCGGUAGAAAGUGGCACUGCAGGCUUUAUUAGCAGCGUUGCGAAUCUGCCGCUCGCAACACACAAUGAAUGGGAGCGCGUCAGUUCGCUUUCGCCCCGCGCCGCCGCCGCCGCCGCAGUGAUGUCUGUCCGAUGGAGCUGAAGCGUCGCUCGGUUCGCCAAAGAUGAGGGGCCGCCUGAGCCGGUUUCUGUGCCUCUGUCAGCAGGAGGAGGAUCAUGGAGGCCGAGGAGGACUGGAACAAAGACCCGAGGCCCCACAGACCGCUGGAUAACAAGGUGUCCUGCAAGCACAAUGGAAGAAACGGUCUAGUGAAAACUCUCCAUAGCCUGUUGAAAACCCAGAACACCCUCCAGAUUCAGUCCAUCGCCCGCUCAGAAUGUGCAGGCUCCUGUCCAAAUCUGAUGAUGAGUAGAAGCGAGCACGCCGAUGCACGGCCCGUCCCCGUGGCCCUCACCCCCCAGCUCCCCAUGAGAACCCACCGGCCCCUCUGCAUGUCGAUCUCCUCCGACAGCAGCGGACGCUUCAAGGCUCUGGAGACGCAGGAGUGGAAGAACAACCUCAAAGCUCAGAUGGAGCAGGCCCACAGUGCUGGAGCCGCCAGCAGCACCGGUUCUCUGGAACGAGCGUCCCUGUUCUGCGCCUCCGCCUCCACCACGGCCUCCAGCUCCGGUUUGUCCAGUCCAGUAGAGAUCCUCAACAAGAGCAAGUCCUCGAGCCGCUUCUCUCUUUUCUCUCCGCCCUGGAACAGCAGCUCCGAGUCCGACUCCAACCCUCCGUCACGCUCGGGCUCCAAGAAGCUGAGGAACUACAGCCGGAGAGCCGCCACGGGUCCGGCUGGCGCCAGAGGGCCUGACACGCCGGAGCCCAAACCCAGCGGCCCCGAACACUUCCAGUACUCCGAGCCGGUCAUCUCCAAAGUGACGGACUACAUCUUUGUCGGCAACCUGAACGCCGCGUACAACGGACGCACGCUCUGCCGCAACAACAUCGACAGCAUCAUCGACAUGAGCAGCGUGCCGGGAGAACCGGGCCCCAGCCUCAGCCUCAUCCCUUGCACCUGCUCUCGCGGCGCCCGCCACAGCUGGUCCCGCCUCAAAGUGGACAUCGAGGACGUCCCGGACGCUCUGGGCGAGGGGCCGGCCCUGAAGCAGCGCUGCUUCGAGGACAUCAACGAGUGCAUCGACGCCUCCACGGGGAAGAGGAAGCGCGUCCUGGUCCACUGCCGAGACGGCUUCUCUCUGGCGCCGACGUGCAUCAUCCAGUACCUGAUGGUGAAACAGAACAUGAGGCUCAUCGCCGCCUACGAGCUGCUGAGAGCCAAGUACCCGGUCAACAUCAGGGAGUGCCACCAGAACGUCCUGGUGAGCCUGGAGAGGGCGCUGCGGCCCGGAGGCAACGUGGACCCCGAGUGCUUCAAACAGGCCAUCUCUCGCAAAGUGGCGUGGACCUGAUUUAACUUCCCAUGAGGCUUUGCUGCUGCCCCGCCCCCUUCUGUUGUACUGGAUAUACUCCUAAAGACAACCAAAGGCAGCUGAACUCUUUACCUGUGGACUCCUCGCCUGGAUACUAUCCUCCCCCCGCCUCAGUUCAGUGGUCGUGAAAAGUUCCACAUUUGAUGUUUUUUCCUCUUCAGACCUGUAAAUGUGACCCGGCUCUUAACGCCCGUCCCUCUCUCACCAAACAGGACACGCAAUAGAUCUCAGUGUGAUGUAUACAGCUUCUCGGUAUAACAGUGUAGUCGUGUUGGCUGUAUAGUUGAUAUAUCCUGCUUCAGUUCUGUGCCAUGACGUUUCAGUGGUGUGUUCUUUUUUUUCUUUCUUAACUGGAGAACUCAGGAGAUUAUUGAUGUCAGUCCAACACAGGGUGGGAACUUACUUCAGCCGGGGGCCCGGUUCAAACCUGGAUCUGAAAUGCAUCUUUGUGAGCAGCUUGGUUUAUUGAACACUUGCUUUCUAA